GACCUGACCCAGGCGAUAAGGACAGCGGCUGGACUAUACGAAAAGGCUAGGGACAGUUACCAUAAAACUUAUCUCCAUCUAUAUCAGCCAUACAAACUUACCAUCAUGCAGGGGGACAGUCAAGUCAAUGGGAAUGACCACCAUAUUCAAGUCCUCACCAUGGAUAAUGUCAAUCCUCGGGUUCAAGAGAUGCAGUAUGCUGUGAGAGGCCCAAUUGUGGUAAGGGCAACAGAAAUUGAGAAGGAUCUGAAAAAUGGUGUUAAGAAGCCAUUUACCAAUGUGAUGAAAGCUAACAUCGGCGAUUGCCAUGCCACUGGCCAGAGUCCAAACACUUUUUUACGCCAAGUGAUUGCUCUCUGUUCUUAUCCCCCAUUGCUUGAGUCUUCAGAUUUUCCAGAAGAUGCCAAAAGCCGUGCCAGAAGAAUACUUGGCGGAUGUCGUGGGAGCAGUGUGGGAUCCUACAGUGCAAGUGCUGGUGUGGAUACUAUCCGUGAGGACAUUGCAAACUACAUUAGCAAGCGUGAUGGUAUCCCUAGCAAAGCAGAGGAUGUAAUUCUUUGCACAGGAGCCAGUGAUGGAAUCAAAACCAUUUUGUCAAUGUUAAUGACUGGAAAAGAUGGCAAAAAUCGUGCUGGGAUCAUGAUACCAGUACCACAGUAUCCUUUGUACUCCGCCACGCUGACAGAGUACAAUGCUUAUCCCAUACACUACUAUCUUAACGAGGAAAAUAACUGGUCUCUGGACCUUGAUGAACUGAAAAGAGCUCUGAAUUCAUGCAGAGGAGAGUGUGUCCCUCGUGCCAUCUGUGUCAUUAACCCAGGAAAUCCCACAGGCCAGGUAUUGACCAAACAAAAUAUUCAGGAUGUCAUAAAAUUUGCAUCUGAAGAAAAUUUGAUGAUACUUGCUGAUGAAGUCUAUCAACAUAACAUCUAUGCCAAGGGAUCAGCCUUCUUUUCCUUUAAGAAAGUGUUGACAGAGAUGGGUCCACCAUACAACAGGGUAGAACUGGCAUCCUUCAUGUCAGCCUCCAAGGGAUAUCUGGGAGAGUGUGGCUUCAGAGGAGGAUACUUUGAGGUGAUCAACAUGUCACCCGAUGUUAAAGCUUGCCUCCUGAAAUUUAUUUCUGCCAAACUUUGUCCACCUAUUCUUGGGCAGGCUGUCAUGAGUGUUGUUAGCAAUUUCCCAACCUUAGAGGAGCCUUCUGGAGCUCUCUAUGCCAAAGAGAAGGAAGAAGUUUUAGCAGGCUUAGCUAGAAAAGCCAGGAUGGUAACAGACUUGUUCAACUCUAUUGAAGGAAUCAAGUGUAAUGAAGUACAGGGGGCUAUGUAUUCUUUUCCAAGGAUUCUACUUCCUGACAAAGCUGUGGAGGAGGCAAAAGCUCGAGGCCAGACACCUGACUCCUUCUACUGUUUUCAGCUCCUCGAGGAAACUGGUAUCUGUACAGUACCAGGGAGCGGUUUCGGGGAAAAAGAAGGCACCUACCAUCUCCGCAUGACCAUUUUGCCACCUGAGGGAGAAAUUAAGGAUGUUCUUGGUCUUUUUAAGGAGUUUCAUAUGAAAUUUCUCAAAAAGUAUCAGUGAAUUUGAAGAGUUCCAAGCCUGACCUGUAUAUAUGUGAUUUCUGUCUUGAGAAUAUACAAUGGUGUUCAUCAUCAACGAAGACCACAAAGGACACCAGUAGGUGUGUUAGGUAUUACAUGUAUUCACUAAGGUUGGUUGAUAGUCUUUUUUUCAUAGAGUGCACAUUUAGUGCAUAAUUAUUGGACCUAUCUAAACAUCACAUACGUAUCAAAAAAAAAAUCUGUUCAUUUUCCCUAGGGUAAGUCUGACAGCAAAUAUAUAAAUAACUGAUUAUUUCUUUUCCAUUAAUUGAGGGAAUGUGUUGUCCAGGCUUGAUACAAAUAAAAGGUCUUUACUCAGCAAUGACUUAUCAACAAUAUAUACACAGGUUUAACCUGUACUGGGGCCUUUAUCAUUGUCAUCCCAUUUCAAAUAUAUAUAUUUAAAUAUCUCAAAAUAAUGAAAGAGUUGUUGUUGUGAACCAGUCCUGUCUAAAAGAAUAUAGAGCUCCUGACAGAGGUUCCACCCUUUACCACAGAGGACCUGUGUAGUGUCCACCACCCUUUUUGUUUCAUAUAUAAGGGCAUGUGUUGAACAUGAUACCAUGUACCUCUGUAGGGAGCAGAAUUUCAGGCUUAUUUGGUACCAGGUUUUCAUCAAAAGAAUUUUCAGUACUAAGUAUUAUGAUGUCAAGAUAUUAAACGUAAAGAUUAAUUAAUUGUAACAAAAGUCCCACAAACAAUGUUUUUUUUAACCAAAGUUAUUUUAUCCUUGUCAUCCAAAUUCUUGAUAGUAUGAAUUGUAAUAUGUAAUCUUGAACAUACAUGUACCAGACAACUUGUCAAAAGGAAAGCCUUUCUUUCCUAAAGAGCCAGGAUAGCUUUUAUGUUUGGUCAUUAGAAAACAAAAAGUUAUCAUUAUAAUUCCUAAAGUUCUCAUUGCAAUGUUUUUAAAUCUUCCAAAUAAUACAAGAUGCCAGUGUGUCUUCAAGCCAUUUUUUAUCAAAGAUUAUAAAAUGAUUAAUCACUUGUGUACAUUGUUUUAAAUGAACUAUCCCAUAGUAAUGUUGGGCAUUAUACAGACUGUUAUGCAGAAUAGAGAUUGCACAUGAAUCACAUUUAUUUAAUUGACGGUGCUAAUUUUUUAAUAGUUUAUAGAUUAACAAUACACAGUGUUCCUGAAAUACUAAUAUGUAUUGUGUUGAAACUAAAACAGUACACAGCUGAAAUACUUAUGUAUUGUGUUCAUUUUGGCUGUGCUCCCAGGGCACUAACCUAAACCAUGACAACCUCCUCUAUAAACAGUUUUGGACAUAUGCCAGGACCUGCGGCCUGAACCUAUUUCAGGAUUGACAAAGUGAAUACCACAGUCCUUUGUAAUAUAAACUUUAUUUAUUUUACAAACAAUUGAAAGACAAGUUAUAUCAAUUUAUAUUAUUCACACUUGUUGGCCUGCAUGGCAGCAUGCAAGGGGUCUUACCAUACUGUGGGAGGGAACCAGAGUACAGAGGGGAAACCCAUGUGGUCAGCUGGCAGGUGACCCCAAACCUUUUUAGGUCCGAUUGGGGAAUUGAACCCUGCCUGCCUAUAGGUUUAGGGCCUAGCACACAAGUACAAUACAGAGGCAACAAGUGCCUAUAAUGUCUACAUUGUUUUGACAUCAUGACAUAUCAUGAAGAAUACUGUAUGAUAUGGUCAGUUUUUGAAAAAGAUAAUUUUGCAGAUUUUGUAAACUGAAAUAAUUACCCCCCAAUUAUAUUUUGUUCAGAAUAUCAUUAUAUAUUUGCAGGCUACCUUUUACAGUCAUUGUCCUCAAAUAAAAGUAAGUCUGUCUAUAGAAUUUUUUAACUUGGUUCAUAAUGACGGUUUGCGAAAUAAACUCUUGAGUAAAAUCUUGGCAUAGAUAUACAUCUAUAUCUAUAUAAUGCAUUUGAUGUACGCAUGUGAGCAGGUGAUAUUCAAUUUAGUCAUGUACAGGUUAAAUGUGUUCAUCAAUUUCAAGUAAUGUUUUUUUUUUUAUGUUAACUUGAUCAAAUGUUCACAUUGUACAUUCAGGGAACUUUUUUUGACUAAACUCAGAAAGUGUGUUUGUUAGCUAGGCCCAGAAUUAUUUAUUGCUUUGUGACUACCUGUUUUAAGUUGUUUGAAGGAAAAUGGUUAUCUUAUGUUGUCAUAGGUACUUAACUUUGAUUAAUCCAUUCAAAAUAGACAUUCACAUCAAUAUGACAUGCAAAUGUUUUUAAGUUUGAAGCAUUUCUGAUUCGUUAUUCAGCCAUGGAUUUUAAGCAUUUGAAGAAAACUUUUAUCGACCAAAUAUUUUAAGAGAUGGAUUGAUAAAGCAGGAUUUCCUUGUAUUACUGUAAUAAUUUUUUAAGGACAGGUUAAUCAUAUUUCUUUUGCCAAAACAAUUGAUUAAGCAUAUUUUGCCAAUCAGCAGAUGACUAUUGAUUAGAAUUGUUUGAUUUUAGGUAGUGGAUUCGUUUAUAUUCUAGGUAAGUUAAUUGGUAAUAUACCUUAAUAGGUUGGUAUGUAACACUAUCACUCAUUAGUCCUAAUGAGAUCACAUGACGCCAUUUGUUUCUUUAGAAAUACCCUAUGACAUCACUGAGGAGUCAAAAUAAUGUUUUGUGAGGUCCUUGGAAUCUUAUAUUGACAAACAUAAAAAUUAUGUCAUAUGUGCUGAGAUGUAUUUUUAGCAGAGGUUAAUGUAACAUUCCACAGACCUGGCGAAACGAUAUAUUGACCUCCCGGUGAUGAGAUGAUUUUUUUUUGAUUUUUUUUUUAAAUUGAUAUAAAUCAUAUAAUAAAGUAAAUGCAGAUUUUAGUUUUAGGCAAUCCAUGGUUUUACUGACCUGCCCUGAACUAUAUCCCCUCGGGGAAUAUUGUCCAGGUCAGGUUCUGUUUGCCAUGUUUGCCCUCAACCAAAGUCUGUAUUUGUAUAAUGUACCUUACUAGGCAGGUGUAAUUAUAUAAACUCAUUAUAAUCCUGAGAGAAGAUAACAUGUACAUACUGUACAUGAACAGGAUGUAGAUGAAAUAAAAUAUUAUAGGUACUUUUUAAUCUGCCUAGAGGUAGCUUUCAUACAUGUAUACAUUUGUACUUGGAUCAUCUUACAUUAAGAAAUGUAGGCUUUUCUGGAGAAUUUUAUACAGACCUGUGUUCAUAUUAACUUACACAAAUUGUAUAGAAUUUGUGCAGUAAAUUCCCAGAGUGUUAUAAAGAAUGGCCAGUGUUGCGUGGUUUUCAAGAUUUAGAUUUCACACUUCUAAUUUUUUAUUAAGACCUGCUUGUAUGGUAUACCUCAAUUUUUACAUAAAUGUACAUUACAUGUGUAUAAAUGCUUUUAUUAAACAGAAAGGGGUCUUAUCCUAUAAACAUUGCAUGUAUUUAAACAGAUUGAUAAUUUAAAGCUACAAACGACAUCAUUUGACUGUAAAUGUCUUUAAUUUUUAUAUUAUUUUUGCAUGCUGUUUUUUACUAAGAGGACCACAUACAUGUAUAAUUAGAACAGUUAACAUAAAAAAAGUGGUUAAUCAUAUUUUUAUUUCAUCCUCCCCCGCCCCUGCCCCCGCCCCUGCCCCUGUCCCCCUCUCCCUUAGUAAUCCUAACCUUACUUGAACCAAGCUGUGUACAACGCACAGCCAGAAAAAAGUUCUUUUAAAGUCACCUUGUAAAGAUGUUUGCAGUGUUGUAAUACUGUAUUUAUUUGCCAUUGUAAGCAAAUAAAUGGGUCUGACAAAUGUGAUAAACAGAGGAUAUACAUAAAUGUAGGUCGAAUAGAUUAGAUUGCAUAGCAAAAGCAGCCAUAGAAAUGGAACUAUCACCAAAGCUGUUUCUUCUUUUUGUUAAAAGCAAUGUGUUAUUUACAACUUCUUCAUGUUUUAUUGAGUUGAUUUUUUUUUUGAUCUUACAUAAUACAGUCAUGAUUGCUAUUUUAAUUAACUGUGUGAUAAUUAUAACUGCCUAUUUCUGUCCAAUUUUGUUUUUAAAUCAAAAUGUCUUAAAGAUUUUGUUCAUUAUUUAAGAUAUUCUCAUUUAUGAAUUUAAUGGAAAUAUAGGAAAUCUGUAACCAUGCAGUCCAUUUUAUCAAUGCUCUACAAAUGUAUAUUAUGUCAGACAGUGUCAAACAAGUCUUUGGUUAUAUGUACUGUUUCUGUUCAUUAGUAUAUAUGACUGAAGCACACAAAAAACAAACCACACUGACGUACAGAAAUAAAAAAACAACUGAAUAUGUCAAAAUUUGCCAAAAUAUAUACGUCUUAUUAAUAGAUAGACAGGCUAAAAGGAGUGCAAGCGGUUUUUACAAUGAAAACAGAUGACAGUUCUACUGUGAAUAUUGUUAUGUAGAGAGUUGCUUUCCCAUGCAUUUUUUAAGAUAGAAUUAAUCAUGAAAAGCUUAAAAAGUAGACAAUAUAGCAAAAAUGAGUCUUUAGAAGAAAAAAAAAAUCACGAAAAUACGAUUUUUCGAAAAAAAACCUACAAACAAUGAACCUUCAGAGAGACAACAAAACCUACACACUAUUUUCAUAUCAUUUUGUGGAUUCAGAGCAAAUUUACACCUUUAUCAUGAAUAUGAAGUACUUUAAAGGACAUGCAGAAAUUUUAUAAAAUUGUGUUCUAUAAUUAUAGAAGUAUUUCUUGCAGGAUGAAACGUACUGGAUGUUGCAAUCUUUUAACACCUUUAUCAGAACUGUUUUAUUGGUGUGCUCUUCUAAUCUGUCCUCAGUAGAUUACAUACAGCUGUGAUAUAAACCCUGUUUUAUUACUGUUUACUGUCAGCAUUUUGCUAUUCCAGCAUGUUAUUAAGUUUAUCAAGUCCAUUCCCUUAUAACUAGUUUCUUAGUUGUUGUUGUUGUUGUUGUUAUGACUGCAUAUUCAAUAAUCUUUUAUUUAUUGCAGUUAUUUGUUAGCUGUUAGACGUUAAGUGUAAAUUCUCUAGUUUUAGUUGUUUUAGUGUAAAGAAACAUUAUAGUUUGACCAUACAAGCUAGUCAGUGGUAUAGAGUCAGUCUGAUAUUAGCAGCUCUAUUUGUUUUAUUAUUGCUGAAUAUUGGGACAUACUUAUGUAAUUCCAUGUAUCAGAAAAAAAUAUGUACUAAUGUAUGUACCAGUUAUUUUGUAAUUUUGUAGUGACCAUCUUGAUUGUUUUAAUUACUGGAAAUUGCCCUUUUUCAGAAAUUUUGUAUUAGGGAAUAUUUGAAAGAUGAAGAUCUCAUGUAACUAAUCAGUUAUUAAUUAAGUACCAGUAUUUACACUAUCUACAUCUUGUUUAUAUAUAUACACCUAUAUAGAGAUAACAAAAAAUCAAUUCCUUGUGAAGGGAAAUAUAAAAAGCAAUACAACUUCGACUUUUCCGCAGAGCCUUUCUACCUUCAUAGGCUCUUUCAGGCAGACUGCAUAUGAAGAAGAUUUGAAAUUCUUGUUUUCAUUAAAAUGAGCCGAUGCAAAAUUCAAGUUAGUGUGUUUUGAUCAAACAUAACGAGACCUAAACGUUUCGUCAUAAAUUGAUAUUGAGAGUGUUUUUUUAACAGCGUGGUUUUAUUGAUAUGUAAGUAAGAUUGAUGUUAUCAUAUAUAAUACAUUGUACAGCACAUGAUUUUUGCAAAAUUGUAGUUUAAUACUGGUAUGUAGAAUGUAGGAUUCGUUGUAAUUCUUUAAAUUUAGAAAAAUAAUCAUGUAAGGGCAAGGGGGUAAAAAGUGAAUGAAUUCAACAGUAAAUGAGGUCACAGCAUAGAAUGAAACUCAUCAUUUCCCAACUAAAACUUAAAUGUGGAUGGACAGGGUGACUCAUCAUUAUAAUAGGGUCAAACUACAAUAUCUGUAUGGAGUGAUUUAACAUGACACAUCGUUAAGAAGGUCAAACUGCAGAGUCUAAGUUGAUCCUACAAUUAACUUUUUGACAAGAAAAUAGAUAAUUGUGUCUUUUCCUAUAAAUAAAUCCAUAAAAAUAAGUUAAUUAUGUGUAUUCAUUUAUUAGGAUUUAUUAGGAAACAUUAUGGACGCAGGCUGAAAGCCUCUAUAUCCAUAUCCAGUAAAUUACAAAGAAAUAAUAAUUAGAUAAUAUCAGUCCGGUGCAAUGUACAUGUGGCAUUUGGAGAUUAUUGUUCUUUAUAUAUAAACCGGUUAUUUUUCCAAUAAUUGUCCAACAGGAUUUCAAACUGAUAAACAGUUUCUGCAUUUAUGACAUGUUGGGAAAGACUGUUCCAGAGAUCAACAAUUCAUAUAACCAUUUCAAACCUUGCUGGACUUUUUAAACUCUAUAAAUAAAACUUGAUUGCUCAGUAAAAACAAAUCCAUUUCUCCAUGUAUCUUUCGAACCUCCAACUGCAGCCACAUUUUACGAUGAUGUAGUACAGGCAGCAUGUCGACUGAUAACGAUAUAAUUUGUAAUUACAUCUAUUUUUACGAUAUUCCACAUUGAAAUAAUAUUCUAGUAAAAAGAGUACCCACGCUUUGUACAUUUAAGGUUGAAUUACUCUGUAGCGAAGGUUGAAUGACAUAACAUUUAAUAUGAUAUAUAUAUUUUUAUAGUAUUUUCAUACACGGAAACUAGAUGUCACCCGUUUAAAAGUAUUGACAUAAUUAGUAUUCUAAAUUUUAAUUUAAUACUAUUAAUACAUAUACGACUUACUAAGAAGUCGAUACAUCGGUUAUAUGUCUCAACCAAAAAAUCAAACAUUACCCACUUUAUAUUGAAAUUACGUUAUGUGAUAUCCUUUAUUGAAAACGAUAUAAUCCUGUUUAAAAUCCUCGUUAUUGUUAAGAGUUCUCUGUACUCCUUUGUUCAUGGUGAUAUUUUUGUAUAUGUUAUGUUAAUGAAGUAUGUCCCAUUGGUAAAGGAAUUCUCUAGUCCUGUUACAGAAGUAAUGUACAUUUGUAAAUGUAUUCAGGUUUUUUUUCUUCAAAAUAUCCGUUAACUUUGUUUACCUACCGCGCAAACGUCUACAUAUGUUGACAUUAUGCACACGACACUUUACUUAUACACACACACUUGUGUCUAGAAUAUUGCUCUAAUUGAUAUAGGUUAGCCGUGACUCAUCCUCAUCAACAAAGAAACUUACAUAACCCCUCAAAGAGCUUUAAGUGUAUUGUGUAUCGUCUCCGUUUAUAUAGAUCUGUGUAACUAGAGGCAAUGAUUGAUUUAUAUCCAUGAUCCAUUUAUGCUAGUUUUAUAGAACCAGAUAACAUUUAAGAUAUAUAAUACUCUAGUGCGAAAUAAAAUUCCAUAUCAACUAGCUUGAGAAUAUGUCGGGAAAAUGAUUAUGUACAUCAUGAAAAUACACCGUACUUAUUACUUUAACGUUCAGGAUAUAAAAUUAUGAUGCAUAUUUUAAUAUGAUUUUUUUGUACACUGAUUGGCUUGGAUGUCGCAAAAUAAUCUGUUGGUGUUGAAAUAUAUAAUAUGUUUUUACCUUGUUACGAUUGCCAACUGAUAGGAUACCACGAAACAACGUUAACGUUUAUGAUGAAAAGAAGUAUGGUGUUGAAAAUAACUGCAUGAAAUAUCAAUCUGGUCUGUCAGACAUUCGUUACCUAUAAACAUCUACGAAUAUAGUGACUAUGUGUUAAAAAGAAACACUAUAUUGAUAAAGAAUAAUCACGUGACUUUAAUAAAGUUGAUACUAUUGAUAUUGUUCGAGACUGCAAAUUAAGGACAGCAGAUGAUAUAUAAAGCAAACCGUUCACAAUAUUUUCCUGAAAGUAGAUCAAAUCAGGAAUAGCCAAUAUGUUUCAUCACGAUUUAGGGAUUAUACUAAAUAUCUGAUGUUUAUUGUAAGGGCCAAGAGCGUUACAUCUUCGUAGGUUAAACAGGAAUUCAAUUAUAUUAAAAAAUUGACAUGAGUAAGUAAUACACAGAUAUUUCGAAAUAAACAUUUUUGCUUGAAUAAUACGUGUAAACCAAUGUGACAGCUUUGUCGCAGAUGUACAUAUAUACGUUUAUUGACUUGUUUUGAAUUAAAAGAAUUUAACGCAAUUUACUACAUGAAAUAAGUGCCAAUAUACCCAUGAUAAAACCUUUUAAAGCAUGUAUAUGCUGUUUAUGUCAUCUGUGAGGUGCCGUUGUUCAAUGAUAUGGUACAUCGUACAUACAUGUAUAAUUUUGAGUGUUCAUAUUAACACUAAUCUGUUCAAGGUUUUUGUUUGAAGUAGAGUCACUAUUUCAUGUGUUCAUUUAGACUAAUCCAGCAGCUGCCUUCUUCUUGUGUUUAAUUUGUUCACAUUUUUUUAAUGUUGAACCGAUUAAUUUUGUGUGAUUAAAACAAGGGUACAAUAUAUUUCCUCCUAAAAUAUUUAUGACAUGGUAGUACGUGUAUAUAUUCUAAAGAGCUUUUAUUUGAAUUUCUGAUGAUUGUGUAAUAUUUCUAAUGAUUGUAUAAUAUUUCUGCUUACAUAAUAAUAACUGCCUUGUGUUAUACCAUAGCUUAUGCAAAAUAGCUUGAAAAUAAAAUGUUUACAAAUUC